UUUAGCAGCCGGCAUCUGUGGUACUCGGUAAAAUAAAAUACUUUACCGGCAGGGUUAUUUUGAAAACAUUGGAAAGGAUGCCACCGAAAAAGGAUGCGAAAGGAGGAGGAAAAGCUGCCCCAGCGAAGGGAGCUGCUGGAGGCAAAAAAGGAGGAGGCGCGGGAGCCGAAGAAGGUGCCGGAAAGGAGAAAAAAGGGGGAACUGCGGUGAAGGUUCGACAUAUCCUUUGCGAAAAGCAGGGCAAAAUAAUGGAAGCCUUGGAGAAACUUAAAGAAGGACAAGCCUUCAAUGUGGUUGCUACGAACUACAGCGAAGACAAGGCCCGCCAAGGGGGCGAUCUAGGCUGGCAGAUUCGUGGCGCAAUGGUGGGACCUUUCCAAGAUGCGGCUUUUGCACUGCCAAUUUCAACAACAAACGCUCCGAAAUACACGGAUCCUCCAAUUAAAACGAAAUUCGGAUAUCACAUUAUAAUGGUGGAAGGAAAAAAACAGUGAUGAAUAAAUUAUGUGAUUAUUGUAUGUUUCAAUCA